AUGAGUGCGACACCCGUUGGCAGCAGCUCUCCGGAGCUCACCAUGGCCGUCCUCGGCUGCGGGACGAUGGGAAUUGCCAUCCUCUCGGGCAUCCUCUCCUCCCUCGACGAGAUCCAAGACGCCAACGCCAAACCCGCCUCCUCGGGCACCUCGACCCCGCUCUACGAGACCUCCGCAACCACUCGCCUUCCCUCGCGCUUCAUCGCAUGCGUCCGCCGCCCAGAGUCCGCCAAGAAGCUUAAGAACACUUUCGCCCGCCACCUCUCGGCCGUGGAGAUUGCCCAGAACGACAACGUCGCCUCAGUCCAGCGAGCCGAUGUCAUCCUCCUGGCCUGCAAGCCCUACAUGGUCAAGGAAGUCCUCUCGGAACCGGGCAUGGCGGCGGCGCUCGAGGGCAAGCUGCUGAUCAGCAUCCUCGCCGGAGUGACCGAGACGCAGAUCGCGACGACGCUGGCCGAGGCCAACGGCGGCGGCAGCGCCCCCGCGGGCUGCCGCGUGGUGCGCGCCAUGCCCAACACGGCCUCGCUCAUCCGCGAGAGCAUGACGGUCAUUGGCAUCUCCAACCCGCCGCUCGACCCGGACACCCUCGGGUUGGUAACGUGGAUCUUCAAGAGCAUCGGCGACGUCGUCUACCUGCCGCCCUCCACCAUGGACGUCUGCACGGCGCUGUGCGGCUCCGGCCCGGCCUUCUUCGCGCUCAUGCUGGAGGCGGCCAUCGACGGCGCCGUGGCGAUGGGCCUGCCGCGGGCCGAGGCGCAGAAGAUGGCCGCUCAGACCAUGAAGGGCGCGGCUAGCCUGGUGUUGAACGGGGACCACCCUGCGUUAUUGAGGGACAAGGUCAGCACCCCCGGCGGGUGUACCAUCGGCGGCCUGCUGGUCCUGGAGGAGGGGCGCGUCAGGGGCACGGUUGCGCGAGCGGUGCGGGAGGCUACGGUUGUGGCGAGCCAGCUAGGGCAGGGCGUGCAGGGCGUAAAUGGUACGCGGUUCCCGGGGACACAGUUACAGUAG